UUUAAAAAUGCCCUGCUGCGUUCCCCGGUGUGUUCCGGAGGCGACCGGUGCCGUCCGCCAGCUGGUUCGCUUUCCGAAGGACUAUCGCCUGCGAAGACGGUGGAAGGAGGUGAUUAAGCAGGCCACCGGCAUCGAACUGGUCGAAUCGGCCUGUUUCGAGCCGGGCGACGACGAUCCGGCUCCGCUCGAGCUUUGCAUUGGCCACAUGGCCCGGCCGGAGGCCACCGAGCAGUACCAGGAACCGGCCCGCUUUGUGGACAGCUCCGGCGCGCCCCUCACGCUGCUCGGCUGCCGGCUCUGUUUGCGGUUCGUUCCGGCGCACGAAACGCUCGCCACGGACGGGGCCCAGGUCGGUGGCCUCAGCCUGGUGACGUCCGUCCAGCGGCUGUUCGGCAUCCGCAUCCGGCCGGACGACUUUCAGCGCGCCAUGUGCCUCGGCUGUCUGGCCAAGCUGGAGCUGGUGCAGACGGUGCGCAACCAGUACCGGGUCAACGAGUUUGUGUACGAGACGGUGCGGAAGGCGAGCCGGAUCCGGCUGGAGGUGGUCGCCGAGGGUGAGUUGCGGGACGGGGAGAAGGGACGGAAGCGGAGCGGACCGGAUGGUGGAAGGGGGAAGUUGGCGAAAAAGAAAAAAGUUGAGGAAGGGUUGGAGAUUGUGGCGAAAGAGGUAGACGUUGGAGCGAUGGGAGAUGAGUUUGGGGAGGGGUUACUCGAGGAGUUGGGGACGCACGUUGGGCCGAUGGCAUCGGUGGGAAAGCGCAAGAAGGGAGGAACGAAGGGGAAGACGUUGAAGAAGACGUCAGUUGUGGAAGAGGUGGUUCCGGUUGCUGCAGCAAAGAUUCCGAAGGAAGGUGAAGACGGGUUCAAGUCCGAUUUGUUUGAAGAGUUGGAGAUGGUCGAUAAUCUUGAAGAAUCUUCAUUGGGGGAUGAUCAUAAUGAUGAAGUCGAAGUUGAACCGGUUCCCGUAGCAGAGAAGGAAAAAAAGCCGAAGAAGGAUGGAUCUGCGAGGAAGAAAACUUCCGAAGAAACUAAGCCGAAGGAUAAGGUGAAACUGACGCUGGUACUUUCGACGACCUGCUUCAUUUGUAACGGUACAUUUGCGAGCAGAGGUGAGUUGGAAAUGCACCUGAGCAUGCAACACAUAUCCGAGGAUGGUUACACUUGCGCCGAGUGUGACGACGGGGAAAGAUUCGUGAUGGUUCAAACGUACAACCUGCAUCUGAGUCAUCACGAUCAUUCGAUUCGCCGAUUCAAGUGUAGCUUUUGCACGAUGGCUUUCAGCGUGCGAAACAGUCGGCGAUUGCACGAAAACAAGAAGCAUGGUCAAAGCCACAAAAUACGUGAAAGGUAUAUCUCCGAGUCAGCGUGCGACAUCUGUGGCAAGACUUUCGCUCACCAGGGCAACGUAUUGCGUCACAAGAAGAAGGAACACGAGCAGUUUAAAGGUCACAAAUGCAAAAUUUGCGAAAGAGAGCUGACCACGCGAGUAAGUUUGCUGCAGCACAUGUUGAUCCACAGCGACAAGCGCCAGUGCCCCUACACCUGUUGCCACUGCGAAAAACGGUUCCGGUACAUCUCCCAGCUCCACAAGCACAAACUCAAACAUCACCAAGCCGUGAUGAACGAUUAUCUGUGCUUUGUAUGCCAGUCACGUUUCACCAGCAUGGAAGACUACGAGAGUCACAUGCGAGAGCUGCACGUUCACCACGACUCCUACGAGUAUUCGUGUCGUCUCUGUCCGGAAAUUCCGCAAACCGACCAGGAGCUCGAAACCCACAUCACCACAGCCCACGCCAGCGCAAAGUACCCCUACUUCAAGUGCAGCUCGUGUCCGAGCAAAUUCCACACCAAAAACCAGCUCUUCCAGCACCGCAAGAUUGACCACGGCCGGUUCGUGUGUGACCGCUGCGGCAGCUGCUACUCGAGCAAGAUGGGCCUGCAGCAGCACAUUGACGGCAAACAUCUGGGCAAACAGUGGCCGCGCUCGAAGGUCGCCCUAACCCCGUGCAAGUGUCAGGAGUGCGGGCUGGUUUGCUCGAACGUUGCGAACAUGAGGCGGCACCAGAAGGCCGUCCAUCAGGGCGAGAAGCCGUACGAGUGCGCCUCGUGCGGGGUUAGGUUUGCGACGAAGUCGUCUAUGCAGAACCACGUGCGGUGCGUCCACACCGGGGAGGCGCCGUUUGCGUGCAAACACUGUGGUGAGCGCUUCAAGGAGACGUCGAUCUUCUCGAGGCACCAGAAGAAGUGCGGUUUGGAAGGGCAGAAGAGUGGCGAUGGCGAGUGAUGUUGAUUUUACGUUGUGGUUAAAAUAAAAUUCGUUGGAAAAAGUA